AUGGAGGUGAACACAGCUGAGAAAAUUUCACUCUCGGUUGAUGGCACCAAGACGCUCUGCUCUUGCACAAAUCAUCCAGAAGGCAAUUCGUCCAGUAGAUCUCAUUCGCCUUUCCCUAAUAGCAAAGUUUUAAACUGUGAGUCGUCUAAUGUGUUCUUGCAGUACAAAAACGCAGCCCAGUACCUGACUUCCACCGGGCACAAAUUUUCCACAGUUUCAAAGCCGAGAAUGGGAAUUAUAAAAACCGUUACAUCACGCUGGCGACACCAAGAGAAGACAAGAGUAGUGAGGUCCUCGAGCGCUGGCCAUCGACACUCAUCGUCAGACCGGCUCCCGAGAAGAUCCCUUGAUCCACUUGUCGCACUCCUGCUCCACAGGCAGACGGGCUCCAGUGAUACGCAUUACGAAGGAAAAGACAUCGAUUUACCCCUCACUAAGCCUAGGCAUUACCGGCGCAUAGUCGUGCUUGGUGCACCAAAAGUGGGGAAAACGGCCAUUCUCCGACGCUUUUUUGGUGAUGGUUUCGAGGACCAUUACGAACCAACAAGUGAGGACUUCCACAGCAAGCUGUAUCACAUUCGUGGAGAAACGUACCAGAUAGACAUCCUUGACGCAUCGAAAGAGAGAGACUUUCCUGCGAAAAGGAGGCUGUCUAUUUUGACGGGUGACAUAUUUCUCCUUGUGUUCAGCGUUGAAGACAGAGGCUCGUUCAACGAGGUCUGCUCUUUGCGCAAAGAAAUUGUGAGUGCAAAGACUAGGCUGGCAAAAUCGAAAGAGAACGCACAAGUACCCAUUAUAAUAUGCGGUAACAAGAUUGACUUAGAUUCCCAGAUGGCUGUCAGUCAGUCAGAGAUGUACCAGAUGUUAGGGGAAGAGAGUGUCAUCUUCGAAGUAUCUGCCAAAAACAAUACAAAUCUAGAAGAAAUGUUCGGAGCACUUGCAGAGUUAGGUGGACUGCCCACAGAGACCCGGCCAUCUCUGCACCGUGACAUCUCCAUCCGGUCGUAUCACGCGCUGAGCAGCAGGAGACGAAGCAAGAAGGAGACCAGAGCGUUAGCUCUGGAUGAACCUUGUGGAGCAGUGUGCCCCUUGGCUCGCCGCCCAAGUUUCAAUAGUGAUCUCCGUCGCGUUCUCGGAUCAUCCGCAACGAAAAAAAGUACACCUAUUGAAAGGUGCCAGAUUCAAUAA